AUGGCUGAAAAGAUCAAAGAUGAAAAACAUAUUAUGCUUUCAUAUCAGUGGAACACACAAAAACUUGUGUGUGAUGUGUACCAGUAUUUGAAAGAUAAUGGCAUUCGAGUAUGGAUGGAUACUAAGGGUGGUAUGAAAAAAUGCUUAAGUUCAAGUAUGGCCGAAGGCGUGGAAAAUGCAUCAGCAAUUGUCUGUUUUCCGACAAAAGAAUAUCAGCAAUCGGAAAAUUGUAAAAAGGAAUUAACUUAUGCUUCACAGAGAGGUGUCCCAAUUAUACCCUGUAUGACGAUCGCCGGCUGGAAGCCUUCGGCUUGGCUGGGAUUCAGUAUCACAGAUCUAUUAUAUCUUGAUUUUAAAAAUAUUACAGAACAAAAUUUUAAUAUCAAAUGUCAAGUAUUAAUUGAAAAAAUUAAGCAGACAGUUGGCACAGAGUGUUUUGAAACCGAUGUACAACAGAGUUUGAGUGCUACCGAGGCACAACCGCAUGAAUCAAAAGCAGAAUUAGAAUUAGAAUUAAAGUCAGAAUCAGAAGAUGAAGACGAAAUUGUAAAUACUGAUUUUAGUUCAAAAAUCCCGGAACCUCAACGACAAGGACCCGAACUAGUUGCAGCAGAGCAAGCAAAGACAACAAAACAUGUUUGCCAAGGAGAUUCUGUGAUACGUUUAUUAACUUUGGGAAAUACUUUGAAAAUGGAAGCAAAUCAAGAUGUAAGGACAAAAGGGGGUGCAUUCAUCAAUUAUUUUUUCAUUCCAAAAAUACUAAUUCAAAAUACUGGCAAAGAAUCUGUUUCAAUUAUCGAAUUCACCGCUGAAUAUGAAAAUCAUGAGGGUAUAUGGUGCGAAUGUAUAACAGUUAACAUCGGCCCACCAUCUAGUAAUGGCGAAUAUCAUUGGUUAACUGACAGUGUGGUUAAUUUAGAACCAACAAAACUAGUUACGUUUGCCCUUGGAGUUCAAAUCAAAAUUCAAGGCAGACCCGGGCGUGAUAACGAACGACGAGCUCGCGCGCAUAAAAGUUUACCGCAGCCACUGAAAAUUCGAGUUUAUGCUCACGAUACAGAUGGAAAAUCAUGUAGUCUCAUCGUGGAACAGGCCAACACUCCUCUACAGUUACCGACAAAAGAAUUUCUCAUGAAAAAGUGUUCAGUAACAAAUAUUAUUAGCUACGUUUACGUUGAUGACUGUGAAGAGGAUAGUCGGCGUUCCGUGCUUGUCUAUUUGGAUGAUAAAUCAAUAUUAAAUUUUUCAUUUGGUGACUGUUUCAUUGGUUUGACGAGAGAAUAUUUGUAUAAAGACACAGUCAAAAAAUUACAAAAGCAAGCAAAAACGAAUGGUAAAACUGAAAUAGUUAUGGAUGAAUGGAGUAGAUAUGGUCAAUAUACGGCGUUAUUUGAUCCGAUUACAUUCAUUCUAUACGCUGUUAGAAUAGAAUUAGUCUCGAGUACAUCAAAAACUGAAACAACAAUAUUACUUCCACUAAAUCAAAUGAAAUAA